CUGACCCGGACUACACUCCUACGGACAGGCCCUACAAAUGUAAGGUCACUCACUGUCGGGAAUCGUUUGAUUUGUUGAAUGAUUUGACGCGACACCAGUUGGCCCGACACCCCGACUCCCUGCCCCACAUCACGUGAACUAAGUGCUCAGUCAACGGCUGCUUCUUUAAGACUAAAAGCAAGGACUUGAUGACUGAGCACAGGAGGAACCACAAGGUGUUGACCUACGCUAAGGCUAACAUCACUGGUGUCACCACCAGACCCACUAUUAUCAUACCCGCUGUUCCCAAACCUACCGCCACCACCAGACCUAAUAUCAUAAGACCUACUGUCGCCAAGACUACUAUCACACGUACGGUAGCGAAGGUCUACAUGUGUCCAGAGCCCGGUUGUGGCAUCGCCUACACCAACGAUCAGUACAUUUGCAAACAUAGUACGGCUGUCAGAGCACAGGCUGCUCAACAUAAUAGGGCUAUUAAUAUCAGAGCACCGGCUGCUCAUUCAGACACCGAUUCAGAGGACAUAACUAUAGUAACCAUUGACACCGACUUCGGAUGA